UCAGUAUUUACACAGACUGUCAACAAUAGUGCAGUGACGACGGUGGAGCCGAAUUUAUCCUCCGUAUCAGUAUGUGGCAAGAGGCUAAAUAGAAAAGUAGCUACUAUCCACAGCGGAGCUUUAUCCUAAUUUCAUUGAGUUAUUCCCAUGUCUCUCAUUUCCCCAGAGACAAGUGGCCUCAGAAUAGGAAAUGGAAUACGUAAAAGGUUUAAAUUGGCAUCUGAGGGGCUCAUUUAAUGAAACAGACUGUGGCAUCAACCUGAUCUAAAUUCAUUUAAUCAACUGUGAAUUAAAUCCAACUUGCAGGUCUUAAAUCGCUGUAAUAUCUUUGAAAUGUCUUUAGAGGGACUUCAAUUUUUUUAUUUUUUUUUUUUUAUUUCAAUUCAUUCUAAAUGAUCAGGAUGAGGAUUAGCGAGGGAGGAUUACCACAAAACCAAAACAGUAUUUUUCCCCCGUCCAUUAGCAUCCUGUCAGCAACGCCCUGCAUCCCAGACCGGCGUGCGUACCACACAGACGCACUAACCGGCAAGAGGAUAUACGUUGGCUGCUAUAUCGAGCUGCUGCUGCUGCUGCUGCUGCUGAAGCAUCUGCAGCGCUGUUUGGCUGUUUUUGGUCCAGAUGUCAGAGACAGAGAGGAGAUUGUCAUCAACGCCACUAAUGAGGAUGUGUGUGGGUAUUUCGAUGCCAGUUUGGAUGGAAUGGAUUCACUGAAAGGAAUAAUCCCACCGAGGAAGACAGACAACAUGACAGGCAUCCUGUUCCCCUGACGAUUCUCGGGGAUGCAGUCAUAGUUUGGGGCCGGACAUGGUUUUAAUCUGGGGAGUUGCUGUAGUGGAUGCGGGAUGGUGUGCGCCGCACCCCGAGAUAUAUUGAUAAGGACAACACAGCACUUUCCUUUAAUGCCUCUCGACCGAUACGGAUUUUUCCUGGACUGUGGCGCACAGUGAGCAUCUUGUUGUUUUUUUUACCGGCUGGCACGGUUUGGGGACCUUCUGAUGUAGAGGGAUUGUGCUGUUUCGUCUGAAAGGAUCAACUGAGCACUGUUGCUCUCACCCAGAGAGGAGAACCAGGGCUGAGCUGCUCACCUGGUCAUUUCAACACACAAUAUUAACAUGGCCGAGAGGACACUGGAACAGGGCUCGGUCAGCAUCCCCAUGGAGGAGACCAAACUCCAAGGCGGAGCGCCUCCGGAGGCGCCACUGCUCAUCCACUUGAAGAAAGUGGAGAACCACAUCACUGAGGCUCAACGCUUCUCCCACCUCCCACGCCGCUCUACUGUGGACCUGGAGUUCAAUGAGCUCUCGUACACCAUCCGCGAGGGUCCCUGGUGGAGGAGGAGAGGUUACAAAGCCCUCCUCAAGUGUCUGUCUGGAAGAUUCAAAAGCAAAGAGCUGAUUGGCAUAAUGGGGCCUUCUGGAGCUGGGAAAUCCACUCUGAUGAAUAUUCUGGCGGGAUACAGGGAGACGGGCAUGAAGGGCCAGAUCCUGGUGAAUGGUCGACCGAGGGACCUGAGGACCUUCAGGAAGAUGUCCUGCUACAUCAUGCAGGAUGACAUGCUGCUGCCACACCUCACUGUGAGGGAGGCCAUGAUGGUUUCUGCCAAUCUGAAACUGAAUGAGAGCAUGCAGGUCAAAAAAGAGCUUGUGGAUGAGAUCCUGACUGCUCUGGGUCUUCAGGAGUGUGCUCAGACACGCACCAACUGUCUCUCUGGAGGCCAGUGUAAAAGACUGGCCAUCGCCCUCGAGCUGGUCAACAAUCCUCCUGUCAUGUUCUUUGAUGAGCCCACCAGUGGUUUGGACAGUGCGUCCUGCUUCCAGGUGGUUUCUCUCAUGAAGUCUUUGGCUCUGGGAGGACGGUCAAUUAUCUGCACCAUUCACCAGCCCAGUGCCAAGCUCUUUGAGAUGUUUGAUAAGCUGUACAUCCUCAGUCAGGGUCAGUGCAUAUACAAGGGCACAGUCCCGUACCUCAUCCCUUAUCUGAAGAACCUGGGCCUCCACUGUCCAACGUAUCACAAUCCUGCUGACUUCAUCAUUGAGGUGGCGUCAGGGGAGUAUGGGGAUCUUAAUCCAGUGCUGUUUGAGGCUGUCCAGGGUGGACUGUGUUCCGAGGAGGGCAAGAAGAACUCCAGAGACAAAAAUGGCUCUUCCUCUCCCUCUCAUUGUCCCACUGACACAGGAACACUUGAGAAACAUAGCUUUGCCACCAGUACAUUCACACAGUUCUGCAUCCUCUUCAAAAGAACUUUUGUAACAAUAUGCAGAGACAUGGUGCUGACCCACCUCAGGGUGAUGUCCCAUAUUUGUAUUGGAGUGCUGAUUGGCCUGCUUUAUCUCAACAUUGGAAAUGAUGCCAGCAAGGUCUUCAACAACACUGGUUUCCUCUUUUUCUCCAUGUUGUUCCUCAUGUUUGCUGCCCUGAUGCCCACCAUCCUAACUUUUCCUCUGGAGAUGUCCGUGUUUAUGAGGGAACAUCUCAACUACUGGUACAGCCUGAAGGCCUAUUAUUUGGCCAAAACCAUGGCUGAUAUACCAUUUCAGGUGCUUUGUCCAAUCAUGUACUGUAGUAUAGUGUACUGGAUGACUGAUCAGCCUCCAGAGGCGGCUCGCUACCUGCUCUUCAUGGCCUUGUCCACAUCCACGGCCCUGGUGGCCCAAUCCCUAGGUCUGCUUAUAGGGGCUGCAUCCACGUCUCUUCAGGUAGCAACCUUCGUGGGUCCAGUCACAGCCAUACCUGUACUACUCUUCUCUGGCUUCUUUGUCAAUUUUGACACCAUUCCCAAAUACCUACAGUGGAGCUCUUAUGUUUCCUAUGUCAGGUACGGCUUUGAGGGGGUGAUACUCUCUAUCUAUGGGAUGAACCGGUCGGAGCUGGAGUGUCCGGGCGUGGUGUGUAAGUUCCAAAAGCCAGAAGAGGUCCUGCAGCUGCUGGAUGUGCAGGAUGCGAAGCUCUACGUGGACUUCAUUGCGCUGGGGGUUUUCUUCCUGGUCCUUAGACUGGCUACUUACCUGGUUCUACGCUACAAAGUCAAGUCAGAGCGGUAAGACGUCCAGAUGAUGGAUUUGGACGCCUGCACAUUACCCGGCAGUGUGGGAUAGUAAGCAAACAUAUAGUCUCUCUUUCUCUGUCUUUACUUUACAUACAUGUACAAAAACAAACACAAGUCCAGCACAUACAAUCAUCAGAAACUGCUGCACUACCAAACUGCACAGUAUAAUAUGCUCUUUUAAUCGGUUUGUUAUUCAAGAAAAAAGGAAUAGUGUUGUUCUGUCUCCCAUUCUUACAUGUCCUUCAGGUAAUAGUAUUUUCCACCCAGCAUUACCUUCCAAAAAUAUUGUGUAUCUGCACUAUACAUAAACAGAAUACCCAACUUGGUAUCAGAAAGCAUGUGUCUUUAAACUGAGAAAUUUGGAUUUAGCCCCCGGGUUUAUGGGGAGCCAUGGUGACCAUCAUGGUGCAGGAGUGUCCAAUAACGUGUAGCUUCUCAAUUUAAUGCCUAAAAGGAUAAUCCAAGGUUAUCUUUGGAUCAGAAUCCCGUUAAUUGAUUUGUCAUUGGACAGCACCCAUGAAGAUGGCACAGGAACACGAUUUCAAGAUGGAUUCCCUCUUAUUUCCAUCAGGAAAAGUGGAAACUUUCAGUGUCAGAAAGCUUUUGUGCGGCUUCUCACUCCCCUGUAAGAUCAUCUCAUCAGGUAUCCUUUCCAAGACGCUGAACACGAUGGCUUUUCUUUACGGAGUAGGACCUUAACAAACCGACAUGUCAGUGGAUGACUUUCCUCACUUUCCAUCUGCAGUGUGAAUCAUUUUUGCAGGACCUUCUGCCCUACCAUUGAAGGUGGUAGAGCGUUUAGACGUGGAUGAAAUGUUCGUAAAAAUGUCGUCUUAUACAAAAGACCGGUGUGGCUUCACCCUGCAACCAGGCCUAUGAUUCCUGCUCCUUAAUAUAACACGUUUGUUUCCUCUGUAAGAGAGGAAGCAUUCAGGGAACAGGGAGCAGAUUGUGAAAUCAAGCAUGACUGCGGUUUCUAGCCUGAUGCAGAGGACUGUUGCACAGAAGGAAUGGUGUUUCAGGUGAAGUGCAACAGCCUAUUCUGUAGUUCAAAAAAGUCUAAACGGCGUCGCUCUUUUGACACAUUUCUUUGAACUGCUUGUUUCCACUGGUUGUAUGACUCUUUAGCUGCCUCCACCCUAAGCUACGAAGGGAAAUAACAUUUUGUUCUCUCCUUCUCUUCUUCUUCUGCUUUGCUGAUGUCUGACAAAAGGGUUGUUGUCCAAAACAAUGCUAGAUACUUGAAAUGCUGGCUGGGCAGUUUCUGUGCCUCUGAUCUAGAAUGAUUUGAGUUUCCUCUGCUUAAUUAUUUGCACAUACACCUUAUGUCAAUGUACAUGCCAGUUCACACACACACACACACACACACACACACACACACACACACACACACGCAUACACACACACAGCUCACAAGCAAACAAUGUUUAGAAGAGACCUCCUUGUUGCGGGGCAAUGCAAAUAUUUUACAAUAGACUUGCUAUGAAAUGUUUCUUACUUAAACUAUGCUACUUAGUAACCCUUAUUAUAAAGCAUAAAAUAAUAAGUAUAUAAUCAACGAUUGUACAGUGAAUAUGUCAUGCUGUAAACAAAUGUACAUUUGCACUUUUCAAUGUUUGUUCUUUUUUAUUUAUUUGUAUUUCAUUUUAUUUUUAUAUAUCUAUGUGAUGCUUGAAAGUAUAACAGGAAAACAGCAACCGAAUGUUGCAUGUUCACAUUAGGAAUGAAAUUUAUGAAAUACAAAAUUUCAGAGUGAAGCGUAACGAUUUUAUUUCCCCAUCCAAAUGUGUAUAUCCUGCCAUGUUUGAGGAGAUGCAAAUCCUCUGCUUUCUGCCGAACAUUUAUAGAAUACCUGUAAUCGAGUGCGUCACCGCUGUAGACAAAAAAAGAUAGAAUCGGGAGUGAGAAGUACCGUAGAAAUGUGUGAAAUGUGCUGGAAGGCAGACAACUAAAUGUAUCAUUAUGUAGCUAAAGAGAUUGGCGGUCUCUUUAGGAACAAACUGGAUCAGUGAAGCAGAUCAGUGAUCGUAGAUCUGCUUCACUUUUCAGCAGGUGGAGUCCUGCUCUGACAGAAAGCUGCAAGUGGAGGUUUGGAUUCUGUCAUUAAUAGCAAUAGUCAACAUUGUGAUGUUUAAUUGUUAUACCUCCCACUGCUGUGGCAUCAGCCAGUUCAUAUGUUUUAUAUUAAGACCUUGAUAUGAGGCCUUUCGUUCCUACCAGUUUUAUUAUGUGCAAUAACCAUCCAAAGGUGUUUUAACUCUAUCAGGCCAAUUUCAACAGAGGAAAAUGUGAAAUGUCUGUCUCGUUUUCAUCUUUUCAUUUUAGUUAGUGUUUUUGUUGCUUCUGUUCAUUAACUCAUUUGGUGGGUGUGUUUACUUUAAUGGAUGAACAUCUCGAGGAUUUAAUUGGAGGGACAGAAGCAGAAUAAUAAUAGAAAAAUGUACUGUAGACGGGUGCUAGAUAAGCUAAAGCUACCUGGCAGAUAUUUCCAUUUUAAUGUCAGACCCCGUCAAUUGGUUCUCGAGUUAAUGGAGGACAACGUGUAGAGUGGGAGAAGUAUUGCAUAAAAUCAGUUUUACUGUCAACACAGCAGAUAUAUGUUUUAACUUAAAAUAUAUUAAAAUCCAUGAGUUAAUACCAGACCUGCAGGUAUGACUUUGUAUGGUAAAAAAAAAGAGAAAAGAAACAGCUCCAACCCUGGAACAAAGCAGGGAUAAUUGUCAGUGUUGAAGUCAUUAACCAGUCCGUCUCGUCCUGAAGUCUUAAGGCCUAUGGCACAAAAAAAAAACUGUUAAUCUUGUGACCAAAGAAAGAGCUCUAAAAAAGUCGGCCCCAAUGUGUGUAGUGGUUCAAAUCCAGAUGGAUUUUCCUGAUUUCUUAAGAUUUGUUUUUCAGUGUCCCUUCCAGGUCAAAGUGGUCAUCACUGACAGAUAUGAUUUGGCUCCACUGGAGAUACUAAAAUCACGUAUAAGCAGUGUUCUAUAAGUGACUGUGUAUGUUGACGAGCGUAUGGUCAAGUCAAAAUGCUUCGCUCUCUUUGACAUUUUAAUUCAUCAUGUCACUAUUCUCUAUUUCACCUGUUUGUCAUAAUAAGCCACCUGACUUCUGUGCACUCUUUCAUGCAUGGUAAAUAAUAAUAUACAGAAAGCUAUGUUGGCUGAUUGAAAAUGAAUCAUAGAAUGGAAGGCUGUUUAACACUGAUUGUUUUUUUCUUUCAUUUUUGUUUGUCUCAAUUUGUUUUCAUUUACAGUUUAAUUUAUGGUUUCUCAACUCGUAAAAAAUGCAAGUUCUGUAUACUGAACGCUGUUCCAAGGAUUAUAAUAAAGAUCAUUUAUAACCUU